AUGACCAUUCCUCCUCAGCACUCUUUGGCUCAGCUCUUGGGUGGUCUCUACGUUGGGCUGGAUUCUCUUUGGGCAGAGCUGAACCCACCAGCAAUGUCUGGUAGAGAAGAUCUCGUGAACACAUCAUGGAAAAGCUUUGAAGUGGAGCUGGACAAAGUCAAGUCUAAUGGGAAGGGAACCCAGGGUAAGGAGUGCCCUCCAGAAGAAGAGACACCAAAAGUACCAACGGGACCAGGACCAUAUUUUUAUAUUGGGGGGUCUGAUAGAGCUGGGCUCAUCUCUUGCCAGAGCAGAGGCUGGCAGCGUAUCUAUGACAACAGGAGAGAGGAGGAUGCCCUGAAAUGGUGUGAAAUCAAGUGCCCAGAGACCUAUUACCAUUUCAAAGAAGGUGAACAGCUUCUCUACCAGAUUCCCAACAACUGAGUCCUCACCAGUAAGAGGUCUCUUAUAUUGCCUGAAAGAAACUUCUUCCCAGAAUCUUUUCUACUGGACUUAAAAGAUGAGAGAAACACCUUUUGGGAGCUUUGCAAAGAGGAACAGAUUUGGAUCUGCAAACCCAGUUGCUCUAACCAAGGCUGAGGAAUUUUCCUGCUUAAAAAUCCAGCUGCUCCCAACAGCCUUGGAGCCAAGCUCCACAGCACUGAGGAACACCUACUGGAAAAGAGGGCAUAUUCCCAGCCUCUGCUCCUGGAAGGGAAGGAGGUUGAUGUCCACUCUUCCCUCCUCGUUGCCUGCACAGCAUCAUACCUGGUUUUUUUUGCCCAGGGUCACAUCAGGCUGACCUGUGGCAGUUAUGAUGCUGCUUCUGAUGAUGUGCAGAAGAAGAACUCCCUCUAUGGCCAGCUGAAAGAUGAGACAGUUUGGCCCAUGGAGCACCUCAACAGGGAGGUUAAUGAGGAGUUCAGAAGAAGCCACAGCCUCCCCAAGGACUGGGUUUCAUUGUGGUUACU